AUGAAAUCCUUAAGUGAAAUAUGUCAGAUACACUUGAUGCGGCAUUGUAACCGAAUAGAAGGUGUCAACAAUGUACCAUACAGACUCAUCAGUGGAAUUCUAGAGAAACUGAAACUGGAUCAGCUGAGAAAACUAGAGUCUACAAAUGUACUAUUAUUACUAGAGGACGAAGAGCUGUGGCUAAAACUGCUUACAAAUAAUUUUCCAACAAAUGUCCACGAGAUAUAUAUCAGUAAAAAGGAUAAGAUAAUAAACUACUACAUAUCAUAUUUUGAAGAACACGAUCCUUUACUUGUUCACGACAAUGAAGAACUGCUAAGAAAUUGGAUUCAACAGUGUAUAAAGAAGAACCCUGACAAUGGCAAAUAUCGACUGCCUUAUAGGAUGCUGUACGACAAAUAUGAAUCGGAUAUGAUUGAGAAGCAAGAAGAGAGUGCUAGACGAUUGAGGCAACAAAUGAGGCAGAUUGAAGAGCAAAGGCAAAAGAAACAAACAGAGUUAAUAGAAGGAAAGUCGCUUGCCUUUGGAACUAGCAGACGCUCUGGUAGUAAUAAUGAGAGAUCGGAGUUAUUUCGUAAAUCAUUGAAAGAUCACAAAGACAGACUGCAACACUUCAAAAGUGGCGGGUUUGAUGUUACUCGUAGACUCGAUGACAGUAAACGGAAAGUAUACAAUAAUAGAGUUGCAUUUGGUGGGGGAUCUGGGAGUAUAAAUACAAACAGAUCAUCGAUUAAAGUGUCAGCAGGGAAUAAAGACGAACGAAUAGACACUAGUAAUCAGGCUAAACCGGCAUUAUCACCAGGUAAAGAAACUCCAAAAGAAAAUAAACCGAUAGUCAAGAAAAGGCGAUCAGAGAGGGAAGAACCCAGCAUAUUUCUAAAAAAUAAGAGACCGAACAUGAUUCGACGUGUUUUCGAUACAAGGCCUUCACGUCCCGAACACUCAAAUAGAAACACAGAAAUAAAUACUUCGCCAGUACGACAUAGGAAUGACACAGCAAAUACUUCCCCAGUGCGACACGUUAACGUAUCUACAGAGACACCAAAGAUCGGAAAGAGGAAGAAGUCAUCUUUCUUUAACUUAAAAUGA